AUGAACGCCACCAGUCUCUUGCGGCCGAUGGGCUGCUUGAAGAUGGCCCUCCGCCAGACGCGGCACCAGAGACUCCUCGCCCGGUCCAUGGCUACCGCUGCCACCCCCGAGCCUCCAUCAACGACACCCUCACCGGCGACGCCCUCAGUGAAGCCGUCCUACUACGGUCCCCGCGACAAGCCAACCUUUGCAGUAUACCCGUCCCCUCCGUCAAUCCGCCAAACCUUCAAGAACCCCAUGCCCUCCCUCGAUGCCGCCCAGCGCACAACCCUCGACCCGACCGGCGCCCGCACCCGCCUCUUCGACCCGGCCCGCCCGGACGCCGCAAAAGUAGGCGACGUCCUCAUGGUCACCACCAAAUCGGGCGAGCCCUUCUCGGGGGUCUGCAUGUCCAUCCGCCGCCGCGGCGUCGACACGGGCAUCCUCCUCCGCGGCCAGCUCAUGAAGGUUGGCGUCGAGAUGUGGUACAAAAUCUACUCGCCCACCGUCAUCGGCAUCGACAUUGUCUGGCGCCGGCCCAAGCGCGCGCGCCGCGCCCGCCUCACGUACCUCCGCAAGCCCAAGCACGACAUGGGCAACGUCGAUCACCUCGUGUUUGCGUGGAAGAAGGAGAGGUACGGUACGCGCAGCAAGGGCAGGCAAGGUUCUAGGUUUUAA